CCCGAACCCUUAAGAAAAUGAGACUUGUGUUGAUUUUGAUAUGUACUCUCCAUUCAUCUCAAGGCCUCAUCUGGCCUUGGAGAAAGCUUCCAUGUGAUGUGACACUGUCCAACAGCUCUGUUGCCUUGGACUGUUCAGGAAGAUCUUUGAAAAGAAUUCCGAAAAACCUGAUCUGGAAUACAACUGAACUAGACUUUGCGAAUAAUAAAAUAAAAUACCUCCCAAAGGACGCCUUCUGGAAUCUGACUGAUGUUACACAGAUAAACCUCAAAAAUAAUCAGAUUGAAAAAUGUCUUGAGAAUGGGAUUUUUUCAAGAUUGGCUAAUCUUAAAACCUUGCUUCUUGAUUAUAAUAAGAUUACAGUAUUUCCAAGAGACCUCCCUCCUGGACUACAGUGGCUGAGCCUCAAUUCCAACCAAAUCAAGACAAUUGGACCCUCAGAUCUUGCAGGAAUAAAGAAACUAAAAGUUUUGUCAUUAAAUAGAAACUGUUAUCAUAAUGUCAGUAUAGAACUGGAAAUUCACAAUGAAACAUUUCAACAUUUAAAUCUAACCAAGCUAGAACUGUCUAGAAAUGGACUGUUAAAAAUACCACAUGCUUUACCCAAAUCCCUCCUCACACUUUCACUUCUCCUAAAUAAGAUUGACUAUGUUCAUACCUCUGACCUGAAGAGCCUAACAAACCUUCGAGUUCUUGAUUUAUCUGGAAACUGCCCUUUUUGUUUCACUGCUCCUUUUCCAUGCACUCCCUGUCAGACAAAGAAUAACGCUCUACAAAUUCAUCCGGAUGCUUUUAGUGAACUAUCCAAACUACAAGACCUGCGACUCUCUGGGAAUUCUUUACAAACAAUCAACCCAUCAUGGUUCCAGAACCUUACUAUGUUAAAGUAUUUGUAUCUUUCCUUCAACUCAUUGAUAAGUGAAUUUGAAAGCGGACAAUUUUUCAGUGUUCUACCAAAAGUGGAAGUUGUAGAUUUCUCAUACAAUAAUCCGUCUCAAAACUUUUACCAUAGAAUUAAACUCUCAAAAGGUUUUGCUAGUUUGAAAUCACUACAAACACUUCACCUAGAAGGCUAUAUGUCCCACAGUCUUUGUGAGGAAGAUCUCCGACCUCUCUUUGGUUUGAGAAACCUAUCCGUUCUAAACUUGGGAGUCAACUUUCUCCAACAUCUCAAUUUAUCAGUGUUCAGGAACUUUCACAACCUGUCUUUGAUUUCAUUGAUUGACAACAGGCUAACAUUCACAAAUCCUUUUCGGGGACAGGAGUGUAAAAGUGACAUCCUUUCUGAUAACAAUGAAGGAGACCGCCGUGAAGGCCCCUACAUUCACACAAAUGAACAAUUCCGCCAUUAUCCUCCAUUUACCAAAGCUGAAUGCCUGGCAACAGGACCAGUUUUGGACCUCAGCAAGAACAACAUUUACCAUAUCAAUCCAUUUUUCUUCAAAGGAACAGAGAACAUCACUUGCCUCAAUCUUUCCUUCAACUUCAUUGCUUCCUAUUUCAAUGGAACAGAGUUCACUCACUUCCCCAGGAUUAAAUACCUUGACUUGUCUCACAACAGAGUCUACAUGCGUUCAGAUUCUGCCUUAAAUGAACUGAAAGAAUUACAAGUUUUGGAUUUAAGUCACAACAAACAUUACUUUGAGGUGGCAGGUGUAAGGAACAGUCUGACGUUCCUGGAAAACCUUCAGUUCCUCAAAGUGCUCAACCUCAGUUGGAAUGAAAUAAAUUCACUAACCAACAAGACUCUGAGGAGCGACUCACUAAAGGAACUACAGUUUCAAGGCAAUCGACUGGAUAUUAUGUGGAAGAAGAACUGUGGAUUCAAAAGUCUUUUUAAAUCUCUCUCGAACCUAACACACCUUGAUAUAUCAUAUAACAAGCUUAAUCAAAUACCAGAUGAUAUAUUCAGCUAUUUUCCAAGGACGCUAACAUAUCUUAGCAUCAGUAGGAACACUCUUGCCAAUUUUGAGUGGGAUCAGCUCGAAUAUUUACCUGAGCUGGAGACUCUGGAUCUAAGUAUGAACAAACUGAGUAAGGUCACUGGAAAGUUAUCAAAGCAUACAAGCUCACUGAAGGUCUUAGACUUGAGCCAUAAUCUAAUCGCCAAGUUGCAGCACAGCUUUCUCAAAGAUGUCAAAAGCCUGCUGAUCCUCAGUCUUGCUUUCAAUCGCUUGCAGCACUUCAGUGAUGCAUCCUUCCAGACAGGUAGUGAUCACUACUUACGCAUACUGGACCUGCAGAGAAACCAUAUCUACUGCACCUGUGAUCUUCUGGACUUCAUUCUCUGGUUAGAGAAAAGUGAGACUGUCCUUCCUCGUCUUGCAACAGAUGUCUUGUGCUACCUUCCAGAAUCCAAAAGGGGGCAUCCAAUGAUCAGUCUAGAUUUAAAAAAUGCGUGCAUCAACAAUAGUAUUGCUAAAAUCCUAUAUGUACUCACGUCAUCCAUCAUCAUUGUCUUGAUGUCUACAACUAUUGUAAUACAUGUGUUUUACUGGGACAUAUCGUACAUUUAUAACUUCUGGAGAGCCAAAAUAAAAAGUUAUUACUUGAAGACGAAUGACUGCACCUAUGAUGCCUUUGUUAUGUACGACACCAAAGAUCCGAUGGUGGCAGAUUGGGUACUGAACCACUUGCGUUUUGAACUGGAAGAUAGAGGAAGACGAGUUCGUCCACUCUGUCUGGCGGAAAGAGAUUGGACUCCUGGUAUACCGAUCAUGGAUAACCUAAAUCAGAGCGUAAACCAGAGUAGGAAGACGAUAUUUGUCCUGACAGAGGGAUUUGUUCAAAGUGGGAUUUUCAAGAUGGCAGCUUUCCUAGCACAACAAAGGUUGCUGGAAGAGGGCGUGGAUGUGAUGGUGUUGGUCAUAUUGGAACCGGUUCUUCGGCAGUCGAGAAUCUUAAACUUGCGGCGCUGCCUGUGUGGACACAGUGUGCUGGAAUGGCCCAGAAACCCAGCAGCAGAAGGCUUUUUCUGGCAGAGUUUGAGAAACGCAGUAAGGUUUGAGAGUCAAGGUGUUCAAAGCAAAUUGUUUACAAAUUACUUUAGCGGACGAUGACUCCGUACAAAAUAAGUAGUUUAGAUUCAAACACUUCUGCCGUUGAGAUUCUUGCUUGGAUUCCUUAUUCUGAACUGUUUGUGAUUACCAUUUUGGGGAAAUUCUAACAUUUAUCCUAGUAAAUGUACUGUUUAAAACAGUUACAUCAUUAAAGUCAAGAGUUACGUUAAAAUCUAUGUAAUUUACAUAAUACAUUUUUAAGAAAAGUAAUUUCUGUCAUGACAACUCUCAGAGGAAUUGGCAUGGUAAUAUACAUGACAAUU